ACUGACUUGGGACAUCUCUUCUCAAAUACGUGGGACUCAUCCCCACCUUGCCACCUAAAAGGCAACCCAAUUUGACCAAUUGGAUCAAACCGGGUUGUCAAUGGUGAAGCCCUUAAACAACCCAUUGAACGAAAAAAAGGAAAAAUAUUAAUUAAAAAAAUGCAUUACUGGGUUCGGGCUUCUUCUUCUGAUUUCUCCGGAACUCUUCCCCAGCCUCGCAGCGGUCACACCGCUGUUCCUAUUGGAAAGUCCAAGGUUGUCGUUUUUGGUGGUCUUCUCGACAAGAAAUUCAUUAGUGACAUCGCUGUUUAUGACAUUGAGAACAAAAUAUGGUUUCAACCAGAGUGUACUGGAAAUGGGUCAGAUGGACAAGUUGGUCCCAGCCCACGAGCAUUUCACGUUGCUGUUGCAAUUGAUUGUCAUAUGUUCAUCUUUGGUGGGCGUUUUGGUAGCAGAAGGUUAGGCGACUUUUGGGUCCUAGACACCGAUAUAUGGCAAUGGUCAGAGUUAACAAGUUUUGGUGACUUGCCUUCACCACGGGAUUUCUCUGCUGCUUCAGCUAUUGGAAAUCAGAAAAUUGUUAUGUAUGGUGGUUGGGAUGGUAAAAAGUGGUUGUCAGAUGUAUAUGUCUUGGACACAAUAUCACUAGAGUGGAUGGAGCUGUCAGUUACUGGAUCACUACCACCACCUCGAUGUGGCCACACAGCUACUAUGGUUGAGAAGCGGUUGCUUGUCUACGGUGGUAGAGGUGGUGGUGGGCCAAUCAUGAGUGACUUAUGGGCUUUGAAGGGUCUUAUUGAAGAAGAGAAUGAAACACCUGGAUGGACCCAAUUGAAGCUUCCAGGUCAAGCACCUUCUCCCCGUUGUGGGCAUACUGUCACAUCUGGAGGGCACUAUCUCUUGUUAUUUGGAGGACAUGGAACUGGUGGUUGGUUGAGUCGUUAUGAUAUUUAUUACAAUGAUUGCAUUGUUUUGGACAGAUUGUCUGCACAGUGGAAGCGCUUACCUAUUGGAAAUGAACCCCCUGCUGCUCGAGCAUACCAUUCUCUGUCUCAUAUAGGUUCUCGCUAUCUGUUAUUUGGCGGCUUUGAUGGCAAAUUAACAUAUGGGGAUAUAUGGUGGUUGGUUCCUGAAGAGGACCCAAUUGCAAAGUGGUUCAUUGAGCCCCCACCAAAAAAUCUCCCUCACAAGGGCAUGGCAGUGGCAAAUGAUAAUAUCCAAUCUGCUUUCAAGGAAAGCCAAAGAGAAGAUGAUGCCAUUACUGAAUUGCAAAGAAGGCUGGGAGUUUCAGUUUCACUCUCUGGUCCUGGGCUUCAGAUAAUAGAUGAGUCAGAUGACAAAGAAUUCAUUGAACUAGGAUCGAAGUUGAUUGGAGAAAAAGUUUCUAAUAAUGAACAGGGUUUGGUUAGUCAGACAAUUGAGGUGCUCCGUGGUCACUGGCGGAACUCUACACCAAGUUCAAUACCACUGAAGGAGCUUGGACCUUUGCUUCGUGAUUACCAACGGCUGGUUACUCGUCAUCACCUAGCAAAUAAUGGAUCUGAUUUUCAGCACAUUGAGUCAUGGUUAUCAGGAAAGGAAGCUCACAAGUUUUACCAUUUGAACAAUGUUUCUCAGCUACGAAUGGAUGAUAUUCCGAAACUGCUAGCAGAAUACAAAAAGCUUCUACCCGAGUAGAACACCUUUGGCCAAAAAUCAAGAUCAGAACAACACCCUUUUUGAUUUUGAGAAAUGAAGUAAAAGGUUUCUAUGAGGCUUUUCUCUAUCCUCACGAUAAAAGUUUGUCAGGGUUUGCUCUCUGCCAGUUACUGGCUUUAAGCAUUAUCAGUUUGUUGUGCAAAUUUAGUUCAAAUGAUAUGCUCAUCCAUGUGAAGACCUGAGAAACCUUUAUGUGUGUUUCUUACCAUUAUAGACCAUGCUUGCUGGUUUGGUGGUAAGCUGUUAAGUAUGUUAUGGCAUACAGUAUUGUGUCAUUUAUGAACCUAUUACAGCUCAAGUGUGUUACAGCAUACAGUAUUGUGUCAUUUAUGAACCUAUUACAGCUAUAAAUUUGUGUAAGAAUGAGUUGUGCUUGAAUUCUUGUGAAGAAUGCACUUUUCCUUUUUUUUGUUUU